AUGCUCAAAAUCAUAAAACGCGGCCACCGCAAAUCCCCAAAACCCGAACCCACCGAUCUUGAGUUCGAACCCGAGUCACAACCCAUCACACUAUCCCUCUCCAUGGAACCCCUUCCUCUUCUCCGAGACGUCGCUGUUUUGGACCGCCCGGCCCUUUUCCUCAAAAAGCUCCAACUCUGCUCCUUCUACUGCGACUUCUCCAACUCUCUCAAAUGGGUUCUCGAGAAAGAGCUCAAGCGCCAAACCCUCAUGGAGCUCGUGGACUUCAUCGACUCCAGUUCGUGCAAACUCACCGGUCCAAUGCAAGAGGAGCUCAUUCGCAUGGUGUCACUCAACAUCUUCCGAUGCUUGCCUCCGGCCUCGGACUUGCUCGAACCCGACGAGGACGAGCCCUAUCAGGAGCCCUCAUGGCCUCACCUGCAAAUCGUCUAUGAACUCUUGUUAAGGUACAUUGCCUCACCAGAAACCGAUGCUAAAGUCGCUAAACGUUACAUUGAUCACGUCUUUGUGUUGAGGUUAAUGGAGUUGUUUGAUUCUGAGGACCCUCGGGAACGCGAGUAUUUGAAAACCCUUUUGCAUAGAAUUUAUGGGAAGUUUAUGGUUCACAGACCCUUUAUCAGGAAGGCCAUGAAUAAUGUGUUUUAUAGGUUUAUAUUUGAGACACAGAGGCAUUGUGGGAUUGGAGAGUUGUUAGAGAUUCUAGGGAGUAUAAUAAAUGGCUUUGCUUUGCCCAUGAAAGAGGAGCAUAAGCUGUUCCUUGUGAGAGCACUUAUUCCUCUGCACAAACCCAAGUGCAUAUCCGCGUAUCAUCACCAGUUAGCCUAUUGUAUCAUACAGUUUGUUGACAAGGAUUAUAAGUUGGCCGAAUUGGUGGUCAAGGGGUUGUUGAAGUAUUGGCCGGUCACCAAUUGUCAGAAGGAGGUUCUGUUUCUUGCAGAGUUAGAAGAGGUUUUGGAAGCUACGCAGGCUGCUGAGUUUCAGAGAUGUAUGCUUCCGCUUUUUAGACAGAUUGGGCGCUGCCUUAAUAGCCCUCAUUUUCAGGUUGCCGAACGAGCUCUUUACUUGUGGAACAGUGAACACAUUGUAAGUUUAAUUUCUCAGAACCGGAACGUGAUAUUGCCAUUAAUCUUUGAAGCAUUGGAGAAAAACACACAAGGUCACUGGAACCAGGCUAUCCAUGGGCUGACAGCCAAUGUGCGACGGAUGUUCCAGGAAAUGGACCCAGAAUUGUUUGAAGAGUGUCAGGAACAAUAUUUAGAAAAAGAGACAAGGGCCAGAGAAAUGGAAGAGCAGCGAGAAUUGACUUGGAAGAGAAUAGAAGCAGUGGCGGCAACUGCAGGGGGAGAGGAUAUGGUAUUGUCCUACCAAGGCUAUGAAAUAACUCGGAAAGGAAGGAAAGGAACGGGAAAACAAGAACGGAACUCUUGUCGUGCAUGCGAGGAAGAAGUGCUCUACUCCCAGUCCCAGAGCUUGUAG